AUGCAGAUGAAUGCGGUUGUCCGCACCUGGCUCAUCGGCACCAUCUCCGACGACCUCAUCGACACCAUCUCCCAGCGUGGCACCACCGCUCAGGUCCUGUGGCUCUCCAUCGAAUCCCAAUUCCUUGGGAAUCGCACGACCCAGGCCCUCUACGCUGAUCAGGAGUUCCGCUCCUUCUCUCAGGGUGACCUUCCCGUCGCCGAAUACUGUCGCUGCUACAAGAAGCUCGCCGAGGAUCUUCGUGAUCUCGGUGAACCGGUCUCCUACAGGAGCCUCGUCCUCAACAUCAUCCGCGGCCUCAACGAGCGCUUACUUGCCCUCGGCCUUCACCUCCGCCGCACGAGUCCUCUCCCCAGCUUCUUGCAGGUUCGCGACGACCUAACUUUUGAGGAGCUCACCAUGGUGAAGGCUCCUCCGGCCGUAGCCAUGGCUGCCCUGGGAGGCACCAGUGGCUCUGGCAAGCCCCAGUCAUCCUCCUCUUCUGUGGAGGACUCCCGCCCUCCACAACAGCAGCGGCACCAGCGGCCGCCUCAGCAACCACAGGGAGGUGGCUCUGGUGGCGACUCAGGCCAGCGCGGGAAGAGGGGGAAGCGCGGCGGCAAGAACAGCGGCAGCAGCAAUGGCGGUAAUGGUGGUGGCAACAACGGCGGUGGCGGCAUGCCUGGCUCCCCCGCCACGGGGCCACCCGCCGGCUAUAGCAGCUACAACCCCCGGACGGGGGCCAUUUACAUGUGGCCCGGCCAGCGCCCCUCGUCCAUGCCUCGCCCUCCCGCUGGGCUAGUCUAG